GGUAGAUAUUCUCGUAGACGCGCCGUGCCGUACACUGUACAGAGUUCGGUUUCGUGGGGCGACCGGCCGGCCGGCCGCCGAUCAGCUCUCGCCUUUGCGACGCGCUCUCUCCCCCCGCCUCCGCUCUCUCCCCGUCCCCGCCGGCGAGCAGGCUCGGAGGGACGCGGCUGGGGCCCCGUUCCACCGCGAUCUCCAUCGAAUCGACGUACCAGGUUAAGAGGAGGGGAUCAGCAUUGUUUCUUCAUCAAUGAUGGGUUGGAGAUUGGCUUUGCUACUAUUACAUGUUCUUUUGUGCCUAGUCAAUGGUGUCUCCUCUGGCCGCACAAGCUCUUACGUGCGUACAGAGUACCCAUCUACUGACAUACCUCUAGAAAGUGAAUGGUUUGCAGCUCCAAACGGCUAUAAUGCUCCACAGCAGGUUCAUAUCACUCAAGGUGACUAUAACGGCAAAGCUGUUAUAGUAUCAUGGGUUACUGUAGCAGAACCUGGGCCAAGUGAGGUGUUCUAUGGUAAAAAUGAGCACCAGUAUGAUCAGAGAGCAGAAGGAACAGUGAAAAAUUAUACUUUUUAUGACUAUAAAUCUGGAUAUAUUCACCAUUGCCUUGUUGAUGGCCUUGAGUAUAAUACCAAAUAUUAUUACAAGAUUGGAAGUGGGGAUUCAUCUCGAGAAUUUUGGUUUGAAACUCCUCCAGCGAUUGAUCCGGAUGCGUCAUACACAUUUGGCAUCAUUGGUGAUCUGGGGCAGACAUUUAAUUCCCUCUCAACUCUUCAACAUUAUGAAAAAAGCCAAGGACAAACUGUUCUAUUUGUUGGGGAUUUGUCAUAUGCUGAUAGAUAUCAACAUAAUGAUGGGAUUCGUUGGGAUUCUUGGGGGCGCCUUGUGGAACAUAGUACUGCAUAUCAGCCAUGGAUUUGGAGUGCUGGAAACCACGAGAUUGAAUACAGACCUGAUCUGGGAGAAACUUCUACAUUCAAGCCAUAUCUGCAUAGAUAUCAAACUCCAUAUUUGGCAUCAAAGAGCAGUUCUCCUAUGUGGUAUGCAGUCAGGCGUGCAUCUGCUCAUAUCAUUGUGCUUUCUAGCUAUUCUCCAUUUGUAAAAUACACUCCUCAAUGGACCUGGUUGAAGAAUGAACUGAAGCAUGUGGAUAGAGAGAAGACACCUUGGCUAAUUGUUCUCAUGCAUGCUCCCAUGUACAACAGCAAUGAAGCACAUUACAUGGAGGGUGAGAGUAUUAGGGCUGCUUUUGAGAAAUGGUUCGUGAAGUACAAGGUUGACUUGGUAUUUGCAGGGCAUGUGCAUGCUUAUGAGAGAUCGUAUCGUAUCUCUAACAUCAAUUACAACAUAACAUCGGGAAAUCGAUAUCCAAUGGCAGACAAAUCUGCUCCUGUGUACAUAACAGUUGGUGAUGGAGGCAACCAGGAAGGUCUUGCUUCAAGGUUCAGUGAUCCACAGCCAGACUACUCUGCGUUCAGGGAGGCUAGUUAUGGUCAUUCGAUUUUGCAACUGAAAAACAGGACUCAUGCUAUCUACCAGUGGAAUAGAAACGAUGAUGGGAAGAACGUACCUGCAGAUAAUGUGGUGUUCCAUAACCAAUAUUGGGCAAGCAACACUCGACGCAGGAGGCUGAAGAAGAACCAUUUUCGCCUAGGGCGCAUUGAGGACUUGAUAUCAAUAUUCUAGGAGUGAAUAUUGUAGACGAUUACAUCAAGUAUUCCCUUGGUCGACCGAGGGAGGCAGGCAGGCUAUCGGAUCUCAUAUUCUCAUGUAAAGGAACCAUGCACAAACACCCGAUACCAUUGAACACUGUAUUAGUGUGCAUUAGUGUAUUGUACGAUGAAGAAAAGCCUGUAAUAAGAUGUUGGUACUCCUACAUGCGUAGCAGCAGCAUUUUAACAAUGUUAGCAGCAGUAUCUAUCUGCUAUAUUAAAAGGAGCUGGGAUUUGGUCC